CAUGUCUCCUCUCCUUCUCAUCGUCCUCAUGAUCACUGCCACUAGUUGAUAGAAUUUCGCAACGAUAUACCAUCUCUGUCUUCCAAGCUUCUGCAAGCCUCGAUACUGGUUCCCAUCACGUCUCUCUAUCCCCAGUUGGUUAUUACUUGCUUCACUUCCUCCCCACAACUUUCUCGCUACAUUGACCGCAGCGCCUGGUCCUGGUUUGCCCGUUCCUCUCGCUGCUGAUCGUCUUUCAGCCCCUUCACUACUACUACGUGAAAUUCGUCUUCCCUACAUGCCUUGACCGACAGCGACAAUGUCUCCUCCAGAUCCUCCCUCCGACCAACUGCAAGAGCCGUUGGUGAUCCCUCAAGUCAUUCUUCAAGAGGCGACUGCGGCAGCCGCAGCUAAUCAAGAGGAGGCAGGAGCUGUGAGAGACACCAAGAGUGCUUCUCCUUUCCCUGAGGAUCACGUCCGACAUCAUGGUGGUGCCUCCCCUCACCUGGAAGAAGUGCCUAAGCCGGCCUACAAUGCGGCCCAAUAUGGUCAACUGGACAUCAGCCAAAAUGGAUUUGAUACAAGUGCUCAAGUCAGCAGUAAUGGCAGGAUAAACAUCAAGAUCAAUCAGCGCAGCAAGAAGCUCACAAACCUGUUGAUCCCGGCACUGCGGCAUCAGUUGGAGCUUCAGAGGCAGAAGGCAAGUGCAGAGCCUCAAAUCCCAGAAGGACUUGGUGAAACAGAUGCUGGUCUGCCUCCGCCUCUAAACAUUGUCAUUCAAAUUGUGGGAAGCAGAGGAGAUGUACAGCCAUUCGUUGCACUGGGUCAAGUUUUGAAGAACAAAUACAAUCACCGAGUCAGGAUAGCCACGCAUCCCACCUUCAAGCAAUUUGUCACAGAGAAUGGGCUUGAGUUCUUCAGUAUUGGCGGAGAUCCAGCCGAGCUCAUGGCUUUCAUGGUCAAGAACCCUGGUCUUAUGCCUGGCAUGGACUCCCUCAAGAGCGGCGACGUGGGAAAGCGAAGAAAGGGCAUCUACGAAAUUGUCACUGGCUGCUGGAGGUCUACCAUUGAAGCAGGCGAUGGGACAGGAGUGCAGGUCUCCGACGAUACCCACAGCUUCGACAGCGCUAUUUCCUUGGGUGUCGAUCCAACAUUGAAUCCUUUCGUGGCAGACGCCAUCAUCGCAAACCCACCCAGUUUUGCUCAUGUUCAUAUCGCCGAGAAGCUGGGCAUCCCUCUACACUUGAUGUUUACCAUGCCUUGGUCACCAACGCAGUCCUUCCCGCAUCCACUUGCCAACAUUGUCUCGUCGAAUACCGACGCCAAUAUGGCCAAUUUUGUCACUUACGCCUUGGUAGAUAUGCUGACCUGGCAAGGUUUGGGAGAUGUUAUCAACCGCUUCCGUGAAAGAAGCUUGGGCUUAGAACCGGUGAGUAUCAUGUGGGCUCCAGGCAUGGCCAGUCGGUUACGCAUUCCUUGGACAUACUGCUGGUCGCCUGCCCUAAUCCCCAAGCCAGCUGACUGGGGCGACUACAUCGAUAUCUCGGGCUUCUACUUUCUCAAUCUCUCCACCAAUUACACUCCGGCGAAAGACCUAGCGGACUUUUUGGCUGCCGGGCCUCCCCCCGUCUAUAUCGGGUUUGGGUCAAUCGUGGUUGACGACCCCAAUGCAAUGACCAAAAUGAUCUUCGAGGCGAUAAAGAAGACCGGCCAACGAGCGCUCGUCUCCAAAGGUUGGGGCGGUCUCGGCGCCGAUCAAUUAGGUAUUCCUGAAGGCGUCUUUAUGCUAGGCAAUUGUCCGCAUGAUUGGCUCUUCCAGCACGUUUCGUGCGUUGUACAUCAUGGCGGUGCAGGCACUACUGCGGCCGGUAUCCUUGCCGGACGACCAACCGUCGUGGUGCCAUUCUUUGGCGAUCAGCCUUUUUGGGGUUCAAUGACAUACAGAGCGGGAGCAGGGCCUAAGCCAGUCCCAUACAAGGUUUUGACAGCAGACAAGCUUGCAGAGUCAAUCUUGGAGGCUUUGAAGCCAGAAUCCCUCCAGCGAGCGAACGAACUGAGCAUGAAGAUCAAGUCAGAAAAGGGUACAGACGCUGGGGCCGAAUCGUUUCACAAGCAGCUGCACUUGUCUGACCUGCGGUGUUCUCUGGCCCCUAAACGUGCAGCAGUCUGGCGGGUGAAGCGGACAGACAUUCGCCUGUCACCACUGGCAGCUGUGGUUCUCGGCUGCGAGGGUCUACUUGACUUUUCGGACCUAAAACUAUAUCGACCUCGAGAGUACGAAACUGAAGAUGGACCAUGGGAGCCAAUCUCUGGCGGCGCGGCGGCUCUCAUGGGAACAAUUGGGAAUUUGUCUAUGGGCAUUGCAGAUUUCCCAGUAGAAAUUUUGAAGUCGCUGAAGACAGCUAGCGGCGACCUGAAGGAUCUCCAUGAAAGAAAACAUCCAGGGAGCGGGAUAUCCACCCCAGCUGCUCAAUCGGAGCGAACCUCCACAGAAGAUACAACGAGUCCCGCCGAUGCAACUUCGUCAGGUUCGUCUUCUGGAGCAGCUUCAAGUGCUGCAACCCAAGUGGGACAGGAGACACCAUCUAUUUCACCCAGACCUUCCGCUAUGUCGAGUGUCCUAUCUGCAGAUGGCAACACACGAAGUUCCUCCCAUCAUCGAUCGGGGUCUCGUCACAGUCGUCAUUCUCGCUCUCAAUCUGGUUCACGUGGGCCUGGUCAUCGCGAGCACUCUCCGGCCUGUGAGGAAGUGGGCCAGAUUUCAUUGGACACCGCCAUUUCUGGAGCGAGAGCCGUGGGAAAAAUUGUGUCUGCAGGUGUCAAAUCGCCCAUGGAUUUCACGCUGUCCUUGGCGAAAGGCUUUCAUAAUGCUCCGAAGCUGUACGGUGACGACACAGUGAGGAAAAGCGAGAAGAUUGUAGACUUGCAGUCCGGACUGAAAGCAGCUGGGAAGGAAUUCGGCUACGGCUUCUAUGAUGGCAUUACUGGGCUGGUGACUCAGCCUCUGGCGGGCGCAAAGAAGGAAGGCGCCGCAGGCUUCUUCAAAGGCGCGGCAAAAGGUAUUGGAGGUCUGGUGCUCAAGCCCGGUGCCGGCAUUUGGGGUCUUCCUGGGUACACUGCAAAGGGUAUCUAUGCAGAAGUUGCCAAGCACUUCGGUAGCUCGGUGCAAAACUACAUCAUCGCUGCUCGAACAGCUCAAGGAUUUGAAGACUGGAAGAACAGCACCCCAGAGGAAAGGGAAGCAAUUGUUACGGCCUGGAAAGACAGCAAAAUCGAGACUCGGAAAGGUGGCAGACUUUAUGGAGAUGAAAGAAAGGAGGCGAUCGAGAGCCAUAUCCUAACCAAGACGCAGAGCGACUCUGCCGCGCUCCUUCACGGCUUCAAGAAUACCAAACACCUGAGCUGGGAUGAUCGCAAAGCCCUAUCUGAGAAGAGGCAGCAGCUCAAGAAGGAACAGAAAGAGCUCGAACGUCGCGAAAAGGAAAUCAAAGACGAAGAGAGGAAGCGCGACGGCAAGGUCAAGAGUCGUUGCAAGUUCUGUCCCUUCGAUCAUGACAGUAGCAAACAUCCCGAACAUGCCCGUUCCUUGCCGAGUAUCAGCUCUCGUCUCUCUCACGCGAAGACCUGGAGUCCAGAUGAGAUCCCUGAUGACCACCAAUAUGAGGAAGCCAUCCUCAGAGCAAUCACGGAAACGAGCAAAGGUAAUCCGGAAGAAGAUGCAAUCAUUGAACGUGCGCUCCGAGCAAGUCUUCGCGAACUGCACAAUGCCAAUGGAGGUGUCCAGGACGACCUCGCGUUCAAGACUGCUAUGAGGGCUAGCAUACGGGAGUUCCAAAGGGCGCAAGCCGAGCGGCCACAGGAGACAGGCGUCGUCUCUGUUGCGGGAGAGAAGCAUAAUGCCGAUGAUGAUGAUGAUGAUCAUGCCCAAGUACUGGAGAGAGUGUUGACUAAGAGUCUGGAGGAAUACAGAGCCGCUCAAGCUGCUCAGCCGAAUUCGCAACCGGAGUCUGUGGAGUAUCUCGACUACAGCGACUCAGGAAUCGAUACUGAGUACGAUGAGGACUUUAAGCGGGCGGUCAAGGAGAGCAAGAGGCUGCAUACGGAGAAUGAACAGAAAAGGAAUGACCUUGCCGAGCGUGAAGCGAUGCUGGUCACGAAUGGACAUGAGGCCGUAUCAAGUGGAUCAGCGGAGGCUCAUGAUGACGAUGACGAGGAGCUGAAGAGAGCGCUCACCGCGUCUGAGCAGGAGGAGAAGCUGAGGCAGGAUGAGCUGACCCAGCAGAGAACAGAAGAGCAGAUUGUGCUGGAUUAUAUCAAGAAGCAGAGUCUGCUCGAGGAGGAAAUGAGAAAGCAGAGGGAGGCGCAGAAUGGUCCUCCUGCCUGAGCAUGUGUGGGUAUCGACGGCUGAGCUUGAUGCAAAAGUAGACAGGGGAGCAUAUACAUCGUGGGGCCCUAAUUUGCACAUGGAAUGACGAUGAAUGAAGUGACGAGCUUGACACUGUUUUGAAUGACGGAUGACCUGGUUGACAGAAUGUUGGUCUCUGCAGCCGAACUUCAUAACUAGACAAGGGCUAAGCGAGGAUUACGAUUGCAUGAUAUACACAGUACACCG